GGAACUCCAACAUUCAUGCAUGGAAACUAACCAACUCAAAGUGUCUGGCCUCCGGGUCAGAAUCACCUUCCAUCUCCGCUGAGUCCCUUAGGCACUUCGCCCGCGGCCGUCCACCCGGAUCCCGCAUGAGCGAGAUCCCAGACUGGCGUCCCCACUUGCUGUGUGCCUCAGCAUCUGCCAUCACCCAGAGAUGGAGCAGGAAUGACUGAGGAUGCCGGGAGCCAGCGCCCGAAAAGGGGGCAGGGAGAAGGGGCGGGGUGGGGUCCGCCUCCGCCCCCUACCCUCCGUUCACUCCCAUUGGCCGAGCGUUCGCCGGCCCCAUUCCCACCGCCCGCCCCCAGGGCGACGCUUAAAGUGUGCGGAGCAGGUGCCUGGAGUGGAGCAACAACUUUGCGCGCGUGUCCGGGCUGUGCGCGCCGCCCAUUCAUCGCCCGGGAGCGUCCGCACCUCCUGCCGCGCCGGUCAUCCUCUGGGAAGGGACUCCAGACCGGAGGCAGCCGCCACCAGAGGGACCGCGACCAGAAGACGGGCCGAGAGCGCCGCUGACUCUUGCGGUCGGGGGCUGGAGACGGUGGCUGCGACCAUGCAGACGUGCGCCAGGGCCUGGGGGCUGCGUCUGGGCUGCGGGGUCCCCGGCGGCCGCCGCCUGGCGGGAGGCGCGGGGCGGCGUUGCGUGCAGCAGAGCCGUGACAACAGGAGCGGCGGUGGGGACCGCGGCGGGGCUGGGGCCUCGCGCCUUCUCGAGCGCCUCCUCCCCAGACACGACGACUUCGCCCGGAGGCACAUCGGACCUGGGGACAAAGACCAGAGGGAGAUGCUACAGGCCCUGGGGCUGGCGAGCAUUGAUGAAUUGAUGGAGAAGACGGUCCCCGCGAGCAUCCGUUUGAAAAGGCCCUUGAAAAUGGAAGACCCCGUUUGCGAAAAUGAAAUCCUUGCAACUCUGCGUGCAAUUUCCAGCCGAAACCAGGUCUGGAGGUCGUAUAUUGGCAUGGGCUACUAUAACUGCUCAGUGCCACAGACUAUUUUGCGGAACUUACUGGAGAACUCAGGAUGGAUCACCCAGUAUACUCCGUACCAGCCAGAGGUGUCCCAGGGGAGACUGGAGAGUUUACUGAAUUACCAGACCAUGGUGUGUGACAUCACAGGCAUGGACAUGGCCAACGCAUCCCUGCUGGAUGAGGCGACCGCAGCUGCAGAGGCGAUGCAGCUGUGCCACAGACACACCAAGAGGAGGAAGUUUUUUGUUGACCCUCGUUGCCACCCACAGACAAUAGCUGUCAUCCAGACGCGAGCCAAAUAUGCUGGAGUCCUCAUUGAGUUGAAGUUAUUCCACGAAAUGGACUUCAGUGGGAAAGAUGUCAGUGGAGUGCUGUUCCAGUACCCAGACACUGAGGGGAAGGUGGAAGACUUUACUGAACUCGUGGAGAGAGCCCAUCAGACUGGGAGCUUGGCUUGCUGUGCUACUGACCUUUUAGCUCUGUGUAUCUUGAGGCCUCCUGGAGAAUUUGGGGUAGACAUCGCCCUUGGCAGCUCACAGAGAUUUGGGGUGCCACUCGGCUAUGGUGGACCGCAUGCAGCCUUUUUUGCCGUCAGAGAAAGCUUGGUGAGGAUGAUGCCUGGAAGAAUGGUGGGAGUUACAAGAGAUGCCACCGGGAAAGAAGUGUAUCGUCUUGCUCUUCAAACGAGGGAGCAACACAUCCGGAGAGACAAGGCUACCAGCAACAUCUGUACUGCUCAGGCUCUCUUGGCGAAUAUGGCUGCCAUGUUUGCAAUCUACCAUGGUUCCCGAGGGCUGGAGCAUAUUGCUAGGAGGGUACACAAUGCCACUUUGAUUUUGUCUGAAGGUCUCAAACGAGCGGGGCAUCAACUCCAGCAUGACCUGUUCUUUGACACUUUGAAGAUUCAGUGUGGCUGCUCAGUGAAGGAGGUCUUGAGCAGAGCUGCUCAGAGGCAAAUCAAUUUUCGACUUUUUGAGGAUGGCACACUUGGUAUUUCUCUUGAUGAAACAGUCAGUGAAAAAGAUCUGGAUGACUUGUUGUGGAUCUUUGGCUGUGAGUCAUCUGCAGAGCUGGUUGCUGAAAGCAUGGGCGAGGAACGGAGAGGUAUUCUAGCCACUGCCUUCAAGAGAACCAGCCCGUUCCUUACAAAUCAAGUGUUCAACAGCUAUCACUCAGAAACAAAUAUUGUUCGAUAUAUGAAGAAAUUAGAAAACAAAGACAUUUCCCUCGUUCACAGCAUGAUUCCACUGGGAUCCUGUACCAUGAAGCUCAACAGUUCAUCUGAACUUGCACCAAUCACAUGGAGUGAAUUUGCAAACAUCCACCCCUUUGUGCCUUUGGACCAAGCUCAAGGGUACCAGCAGCUUUUCCGAGAGCUUGAGAAGGAUUUGUGUGAGAUCACAGGCUACGACCGAGUCUGUUUACAGCCUAACAGUGGAGCCCAGGGGGAAUAUGCUGGGCUGGCCACUAUCCGAGCUUACUUAGAAGAGAAAGGAGAGAGACACAGAACGGUUUGCCUCAUUCCAAAAUCAGCUCAUGGGACCAAUCCCGCAAGUGCCCACAUGGCAGGCAUGAAGAUUCAGCCUGUGGAGGUGGAUAAAUAUGGAAAUAUCGACACAGCUCACCUCAAGGCCAUGGUGGAUAAACACAAGGAGAACCUGGCAGCAAUCAUGAUUACGUACCCAUCCACCAAUGGAGUGUUUGAAGAGAACAUCAGCGACGUGUGUGACCUGAUUCACCAGCACGGAGGCCAGGUCUACCUAGACGGGGCAAAUAUGAACGCUCAGGUGGGAAUCUGUCGUCCUGGAGACUUUGGGUCUGAUGUCUCACACCUAAACCUUCACAAGACCUUCUGCAUUCCCCAUGGAGGAGGCGGCCCUGGCAUGGGGCCCAUCGGAGUGAAGAAGCAUCUUGCCCCUUUCCUACCCAGUCAUCCUGUCAUUUCGUUAACGUCUGAUGAGAAUGCCCGGCCCGUGGGUACCGUCAGCGCAGGCCCGUGGGGCUCCAGUUCCAUCCUGCCCAUUUCAUGGGCUUACAUUAAGAUGAUGGGAGGCAAGGGCCUUAAACAAGCCACGGAAGUUGCUAUAUUGAAUGCCAACUACAUGGCCAAGAGAUUAGAAAAACACUACAGAGUCCUUUUCCGGGGUGCAAGAGGUUAUGUGGCUCAUGAAUUUAUUUUGGAUACAAGACCCUUCAAAAAGUCUGCAAAUAUUGAGGCUGUGGAUGUGGCCAAGAGGCUUCAGGAUUAUGGAUUUCAUGCCCCUACCAUGUCCUGGCCAGUGGCAGGGACUCUCAUGAUUGAGCCCACUGAGUCGGAAGACAAGGCAGAGCUGGAUAGGUUCUGUGAUGCCAUGAUAAGCAUUCGGCAGGAAAUCGCCGACAUUGAGGAGGGCCGCAUCGACCCCCAGGUCAAUCCACUGAAGAUGUCUCCACACUCCCUGACCUGCGUCACAUCCUCGCACUGGGAUCGGCCGUAUUCCAGAGAGGUGGCAGCCUUCCCACUCCCCUUUGUGAAACCAGAGAACAAAUUCUGGCCAACCAUUGCCCGGAUUGAUGACAUCUAUGGCGAUCAGCACCUGGUCUGCACCUGCCCACCCAUGGAAGUUUAUGAGUCUCCAUUUUCUGAACAGAAGAGGGCCUCUUCUUAGUCUCCCCCUGAGUCCAAGUGACUGAUUUGAUGCCUCUCUCUGGAGCAUUUGAUAAGCAAGAAAUAUUUCAUCACCUACCCCAGACUGAAGCAGGGGUUUUAUAUACUGUGUAUAUUUUUGUAAUCUGUCAAGGUAAAUGUAAAUACAGUUAGUGUAGGGAGUGGGAGCUCACUGUCGGAAGACUGAUUUGCUUCCAUGCCUCUGCCUCCACAUGUAGCAGUUGAUGUUCAAUUUGCCUUGAUUGGUGGCCAUUUUUAGUUUUUUGCAUAGAAAAUUUGGGGUGUGCUCGGAACUUUAACUUUCAAUGGAGCAAGUUCACAGACAUUGUAGAGGCUAUACUGAUAGACAUAUUUUUGUUCCAAAUAAGUCCUUAUGGACUGUGCCAACUGUGGGAAAUCCCAGGGCAAAUGUUUACAUUUUGUAUACACUGCAGAAAUCUUCCAACUAAUUUGCCUAAUCAAUAAUAGCAUUUGAGUGUUUUCUCUUU